GCUCCCACCAGGCGCCAUGCCCACGGUGGAUCCUAGCCAGCUCGCCAUCCGCGAGAUGCAGGAAGAUGAGGAGCAGAUGGUCCUGGAGCUGCUAAAGGAUGGGUUCAAGGACACGGGAAACCGGCUGAUCCUGUAUGUCCUGACACGGCCCCUGGCACUGCUGCUGCUGGCCGUGGUGAGCAGUGGCCUUCGCUUUCUGCUCAACUCCUUUGUGGCCGCGCUGCUGGGCCCCGUGCUGCUCACCAUCCUGGCCCUCAAGCUGCUGCUGCGGCGCUCUCCGGACCUGGGCCGCUUGCACGCGUACUACCGCUCAGGGCGGCGUGGGCUCUGGGUGGCGGUGUACGACGGCGACGACGUGUGCGGCUGUGUGGCACUGGAGCCCCGCCACCGGGAGAGUCCCGUCUCCACCCGCGGGUACCGGCGCUCGGGCGUGGGGCGGCGUCUGCUAGCCUUCCUGGAGGCGCAGGCGCGGGCACAGGGCUACGAGUGUGUGGUGCUUUAUGCUGCUGUGGUUGCCAAGGCGAGGGCCGCGGGCUCCCGCCCCACCGGUGGGCGCAGCUGGCUUGGCUACACCAUCCUGCAGGAGUACAGCAAGGACCUGUAAUACCCCCCACUCCUCAGCCCUGCUGGGGGGAACUGGCUUGUAAGUAGUCUUGGCCAAGAGCUGGUGGGCCGUGUCUGUCCUCAUGCCCGGGGUCUCUCUGCUCCACGGACGCCACCACAGGACGUGGGGUAUCGAUGGCUGGGAUGUGGGAUUGGGGUGCAGCAGCCCUGGCCUUCACUCUCAGGAUGCAGGGCCACCUCUUCGUUGACCGGAAACAGCGAAUUCUGGAUGAGUCCCUUUCUGGAGCUGAACAAGACGGGCUGAACCCAAUUGUGACAGACUGGGUUCUGACUGUGUGUGUGUGUGUGUGUGUGUGGAG